AUCCUGAUCCAGUUGCUGAUCUUCCUGAUACACCUCGUCAGCUCCAUAUUCUGUGGCCACCUGGGCAAGGUCGAGCUGGCCUCCGUCACGCUGGCCAUCGCUGUUAUAAACGUUACUGCCAUCUCUGUAGGUUAUGGUUUGUCUUCGGCAUGUGACACCUUGAUAUCGCAGACCUAUGGCAGCAAGAACCUGCUGCGCGUGGGGGUGAUCCUGCAGCGUGCCACCCUCAUCCUCCUCCUCUGUUGCUUCCCCUGCUGCGCCAUCCUCAUCAACAUCGAGCAGCUCCUGCUCCUCAUCCGCCAGGACCCCGAGGUCUCCAGGUUAACCCAGCGCUACGUGAUGGCGUUUGUCCCUGCUCUCCCGGCAGUUUUUCUGUACAACCUGGAGACGAGAUAUCUGCAGAACCAGAUGAUCAUGUGGCCUCUGGUGCUGAGCGGGAUCGUCGGCAACGUCGUCAACGUGAUCGCAAACUGCAUCUUCCUCUACGUGCUCCAUUUGGGCAUCGUGGGCUCUGCCUGGGCCAACACGGUUGCUCAGUAUUCACAAACCAUUUUCUUGUUCCUGUAUAUUAUAGGCAAGAAACUCCACGUGAAGACCUGGGGAGGCUGGUCCAGCGAGUGCCUGCUGGAGUGGGACAGCUUCACCUCCCUGGCCAUCCCCAGCAUGCUCAUGAUGUGCAUCGAGUGGUGGACCUACGAAAUCGGGAGCUUCUUGAUAGGCCUGCUGAGCGUCAUAGAGCUCUCCGCCCAGUCCAUCAUCUACGAGGUGUCCGUUGUCGCUUUCAUGAUCCCCUUGGGGCUCGGCACGGCUGCCAGCGUGCAGGUGGGGAACGCGCUGGGCGCCGGCGACAUCGAGACGGCCAAGAGAUCCUCCUCCACCAGCCUGUUCUGCACAGCGGGGUUUUGCAUAGCCAUGGGGGCCAUUUUAGCCGCCACGAAGGAUGUGCUGGGAUACAUCUUCACCAGCGACAAGGAGAUUGUUGACUUGGUGGCCUGGGUCAUGCCUGUCUAUGUUGUCUUCCACUUGUUUGAAGCCAUGUGUGGCGCCUGCAGCGGGGUGCUCAGAGGCAUAGGCAAGCAGAAAUUUGGUGCCAUCCUCAACGCCGUGAGCUACUACGGUGUGGGCCUGCCCCUGGGAGCCGUGCUGCUCUUCGUCGUCAGGAUUGGCGUCAUAGGCCUGUGGCUCAGCCGCUGCACCUGCUUCAUUGCCUACAUCUCCCGCAUGGACUGGAGGAAGGCGGCCGAGGAGGUAACCUGCGCGCCCACAGCAUCGCGCCCUGCCCACGGGAAGGUCCUCAGUGCCUCGGCUGGGAUUGCAGCAGGAUGA